GCGCUGCGGGCCGGGCCGGGGAGGCCCAGCGGGUUGCGGGGCCGGCCCCGCCGAGAGCCGCGGUGACGGUGACACAGGCGGGCUCCCCGCCACGCACACCGGGAACAGCGACACAGCAGGGCAGGGGCACAGCCCAGCCCCGCGCUGACCCGCCCAGAACGCGAAACCCGCGUCUUCUCAGCCCGCGUCGACGUGAGGCAGCGCAGGAGAACCCCGGGCAGCAGCACCUGCAAGAAUGACUGCCUUUUGCAUGAUGAAACUUUUAUGUCAAGCAACUAGAAAUGAGAAUAGACAUGCAAAAAGAUUCUUUGGUACUCUUCUGACACAAACACCACAAAAGAGGCCCUUUUCUCCAUUCUGGAUGGUGGUACCUGACCCUAGAAAGUCAGCUGUGUUUGGACUUACUCAGCCAUUUUGUACAGCUGAAAAAUCUCACACAGAGCCAAAAAAGAAAGCAACAUUUGGAAGCGUGGGGCGACGAAUUCCCUACCGGAUUUUGCACGUAAUCAACCAGGAUGGAGAGAGCUUAGGAAACAUGCACCGAGCAGAGGCACUCAAACUUAUGGAUCAACAUGACCUGAAACUAGUUCUCCUUCAUGAGAAUGUAGAACCUCCUGUAUACAGACUAAUGACUGGGCAGCAGAUUCACGAAGAACAGCUUAAACGGGCAGAGAAGAAAAAAGGAAGUCCAAAACCAGGAAUGGUUCAGAAGGAGUUAUCCUUUUCUUCAGCUAUUGCCAAGAAUGACUUAGAAACCAAGACUAAACAGAUAGCACAGUGGAUUGAAAAGAAAUACCAUGUUAAAAUUACCAUCCGGCAAGCAAAAGAUAGCAAUACAGACAUGUUCGUGCUUUUUGAUCAGAUUUUAGAGACUGUCUCCGAGAAAGCCACUUACCUUUCCAAGCCAAAAAUUACCAGAGAAGGAGUAAGUACCUGUAUUUUGAGACACAUGUCUGAAAAAGAGUUGAAAGCAUCCCAGAAAAUGGAAAAACAGAAAACCAGUACAGCAAAGAAAGAAAAUGAAGAUCUGAAGUCAAGUGAGUUGCCUCAUUGAUUUUAUGAAAAGCUGUAAACAAUGUCUCAUGAAAAUAAAAUACUAUAAACUUAAUAUAA